CGUCUGGGCCUCCGGCUGGGAGGUUUAAGAGGCUGGCGGCUGUGUGUGGAGCCGCCGCCGCUAGGCCGGGGGCAGGCAUGGGAGAGGGCGUGUGAUCGCCGGAGCCCUCGCCGACACCAUGCCCGGGCGCGCGGGCGCCGCCCGGCUCUACCUGCUGGCUCUCGCUCUGCAUCUUCUCCGGCCGCUGGCGGCGCGGGAGCCGGCAUGGACCAGAAGAGGAAGCGAGGGAGGCAGUGCCCAGCUACCGCAUGAACUUAUAAUACCUCAGUGGCAGACUUCAGAAAGCCCCGGGAGAGGAAAGCAUCCACUCACAGCUGAACUCAAGGUCAAGGCUGAAGGACAAGAGCUGAUCCUGGACCUGGAGAAAAAUGAGCACCUCUUUGCUCCAGCCUACACAGAAACCUGUUACACGGAAAGUGGCAACCCUCAAGUCACCAGGCUGAAAUCCCAGGAUCACUGCUUUUACCACGGCACUGUGAGGAGAGCAGAAGAGUCCAGCGUCACACUCAGCACCUGCCGGGGAAUUAGAGGACUGAUUACAGUGAACAGUAACCUCAGCUACAUCAUCGAACCUGUCCCUGACAGCGAGGGCCAACACCUUAUUUACAGAUCUGAACAUCUCAAGCUGCCCCCAGGGAACUGUGGGUUCAAACACUCCAUGCCCACCACCAAGGACUGGGCCCUUCAGUUUACACAUCAAACCAAGAAAGGACCUCAUAGGAUGAAGAGGGAAGAUUUACACUCUAUGAAGUACGUGGAGCUGUACCUGGUGGCUGAUUAUGCAGAGUUUCGGAAGAAUCGGCACGACCAGGAUGCCACCAAACACAAACUCAUGGAGAUUGCCAACUAUGUUGAUAAGUUUUACCGAUCCUUGAACAUCCGGAUUGCGCUAGUGGGCUUGGAGGUGUGGACGCAUGGGGAUAAAUGUGAAGUUUCGGAGAACCCAUACUCCACCCUCUGGUCAUUUCUUAAUUGGAGGCGUAAGCUACUUGCCCAGAAGAGUCAUGACAAUGCGCAGCUAAUCACGGGCAGGUCUUUCCACGGUACCACCAUCGGCCUGGCCCCUCUCAUGGCCAUGUGCUCUGUGUACCAAUCUGGAGGGGUCAACAUGGACCACUCUGAGAAUGCCAUUGGCGUGGCUGCAACCAUGGCCCAUGAGAUGGGCCACAACUUCGGCAUGAGCCACGAUUCUGCUGGCUGCUGCUCUGCCAGUGCAGCAGAUGGCGGGUGCAUCAUGGCGGCCGCUACUGGGCACCCCUUUCCCAGAGUGUUCAACUGGUGCAACAGGAGAGAGCUGGACCGGUACCUGCAGUCUGGCGGUGGGAUGUGUCUCUCCAACAUGCCAGACACCAGGACACUGUAUGGAGGUCAGAGGUGUGGCAAUGGGUACCUAGAAGAUGGCGAAGAAUGCGACUGCGGGGAGGAAGAGGAGUGUAAUAACCCUUGCUGCAAUGCCUCCAACUGCACUCUGAAGGAAGGGGCGGAGUGUGCCCACGGCGCCUGCUGUCACAAGUGUAAGCUGAUGGCUCCUGGUACCCUGUGUCGUGAGCAGGCAAGGCAGUGUGACCUCCCUGAGUUCUGCACGGGCAAGUCUCCCCACUGCCCCACUAACUUCUACCAGAUGGACGGCACCCCCUGCGAAGGGGGCCAGGCUUACUGCUAUAAUGGCAUGUGCCUCACUUACCAGGAGCAGUGCCAGCAGCUGUGGGGACCUGGAGCCCGACCAGCCCCUGAUCUUUGCUUUGAGAAGGUGAAUGAGGCAGGAGACACCUUUGGAAACUGUGGGAAGGACAUAAAUGGCAAACACAGGAAGUGCAACACCAGGGAUGCCAAGUGUGGGAAGAUCCAGUGUGAAAGCUCUGAGGCCCGGCCCCUGGAAUCUAAUGCAGUACCUAUUGAUACUACCAUCACCUUAAAUGGGAAGCAGUUCUUCUGCCGGGGUACCCAUGUCUACCGGGGUCCUGAGGAGGAAGAGGAGGGUGACAUGCUGGACCCAGGCCUGGUGAUGACUGGAACCAAGUGUGGCUAUAACCAUAUUUGUUUCGAGGGGCAAUGCAGGAACACAUCAUUCUUUGAGACCGAAGGCUGUGGAAAGAAGUGCAAUGGUCACGGGGUCUGCAACAACAACCAAAACUGCCAUUGCUUCCAUGGCUGGGCUCCGCCUUUCUGCAAUGCCCCAGGACAAGGGGGCAGCAUCGACAGUGGCCCUAUGCCCCCCCAGAGUGUGGGUCCUGUGGUCGCCGGGGUGUUUUCGGCCCUCUUCAUGCUGGCGGUCCUCAUGCUGAUAUACCACUGCUGUAGGCAGAACAAGAAGCUGGGCAAGCCCUCAGCCCUCCCUUUCAAGCUGAGGCAACAGUUUAGUUGUCCUUUCAGGGUGUCUCAAGGUGGCGGAACUGGCCACGCCAACCCAACUUUCAAGUUGCAGACACCCCAGGGCAAGCGAAAGGUGACUAACACUCCUGAAACCCUCCGGAAGCCUUCCCAACCUCCUCCCCGGCCCCCUCCAGGCGCCCUACAUGGUGGGUCCCCACCUGUACCACUGCCAGUACAUUUGAACAGGGUGACUAGGAGCUCUCCAGGGCCCGGGGCUCAAGUAGAGAGAAAGGAGUCGGCCAGGAGGCCUCCCCCAAGCCGGCCUGUGCCCCCUGCACCAAAUUGCCUCCUGAACCAGGAUUUCUCCAGGCCUCAGCCACCCCAGAAGGCACUCCCAGCAAAUCCUGUGCCAGGCCGCAAGACCCUCCCCAGGCCAGGUGGUACCCCCCUGCUGCAACCGCCUGCUGCUCUUCCUAAGCAUCCCCAGCCCCUGGCAGCACCUGUUCCAAAAUUUCCUGAGUACAGAUCACAGAGGAUUGGAGGGAUAUCUAGCUCCAAGAUCUAGAACUAUCUGGAAGUUUCUUGCUCCCCUUGAAGACUCUGGAUGCCAUGGAGGGUCCAGAAGAAAGAAGCCUACCUGACCAUCUUGGAGUUUCUCCAGCCUCCUAGCUCUCCCCAUCUCUGGAGUCUGCCUUCUUGAUUCAGUGCCUCCCUGCUUCCUUGGAGGCCCAGAGGGACUUCUAUCCGAUGACUUCUAAGUGUUGUUUUGUGCAAUAUACAGCCCGGGUAGGGAAGGGAAGCACAUAGAGGAGGAUGGGGGCAGCUUCUCCCUCAGCCUCCUGGCCCCAGGGGGAGGGGGGCAGUGAUGAAGAUGGUCAGAGAAGUGUGAGCUGGUGACCUCUGGGAAAGAUGCUUAGUGACUCCUACUGGGCUAAGGUUGGAGAGUCACCCACCCAAGUCUCUAGGUCGAGGGUAUACACAAGAGCUUCUAUUGUUUUUAAUCUCGUUUAGGAUCCCAGGAUGCACAGAGGCUGGCCCUUACCCGUCCCUUGUAUCUUUUAGGGACUGAGGAAGGGUCAAAUUAACCACUGUUGCAUCUCUGCCCAGGCCUUGGUCAAGGUGAUGGCUCCUGGCUAUUUGGCUGCAUGUAACAAGCCGUGCCCCUCCUCAACCACCGCUCACGUCCCCAUCACCUUAUUCACAUGAGUCACUCUCUGACUCAGACAGGUACUAUUUGUAGGCAGUGUAGACAGCAGAGGAGGUACCAGCCUGAGCCUCCUCUGAGCCAUGAUGCCAAAGGUUGCUAGGACCCUCAGAGUCCCUGGUUGUAUCCCCAUGCUCCAAGCGUUACUUUCUCCUCCCCCGACCUCCCUAUCCUAAGGUGCUUUGGUGUUGAUCCUCAGCAGUCCUGACUUGCUGCUGACAAUGUGCUUGUGACCUAUGAAUCAGGAUCCUGCCUCAUGAGGUGGCCACUGGCCUUCCCACCCUGGAUCUUGAGAGCAUUAAGCCUAAUGGGCUUGGCGGGGUGGUGGUGGGAGUGUCACAGUGCUGCUUGUCAUUGUGUUUUGUGGCCUCAGCAGGGUGAGGGGGCGCUCUCCUUAUCCCUAACCUAUAUAUAUAUACAGGUGAGGUUCCCCAGGACGACCACAGGUAUAAAGGGAACAGACAUCCUCAUCUAAUAGGUCCCCAACUAUUAGAAAAGUACGCAUGGGGGAAGAGGGUCAGCUCUCCGGCUUGAGGUGGGAAUGUUGACUCUCAGCAGAUAGCAGACCUCUUCGGAAGCUGUUCACAGCCAUGGUGGAUCAGAUCUAGGGCCCCCAACUCUCUUCUCAAGCAAACUUUUAUUACCCAUUGGUCAUUUCCUGGUCACUGCCCAUAUGUGAUCCUCUCAGAAAGAGCUCUGGGCAGGUGGGGAUGGGACUUGGGUAGAUCCCAUCUUCCCUGGGGCUCAGAAGGGGGGGCUACAUGGUGCUCUGCUAGAUAGACAGUUCUUACAAAUUUGCUGGGCUUGGCCUCUGAGAGGCCAUCUUCCACCCCCAGAAAGGUGCUGGGCAGCUUUGCAGAGGGGCCUCUAGGGACCUCCCUGCCACCUAUAGCAAGCAGUUGUUUACUAUCAGAAGCCUCCACGAGGAGGGGACUGAGAUUUGACUCCCCACCUAACAGCUCAGGGCUUCUUUAUAGUUCUUUGCACGUAGUAAGUAGGAGAUGUGGGUCAGGCACCUGGCAAAAAGCAUGGGCUGGGGGUAGAACGAUCUCAGGAAAGUGCUUUUUUCUUCCUCAGGGUGGCCAUGCCAUUCACAUUGUGUCUCCCUCACAUGAGUUCUCCUUGGCCCAGGUCCAGCUUCCACUUUCUCAUUGCCUGAUCCAUUUAAGCGCUACACCAAAUGUCCAAUGCCUAGAAGGCUCAGUCCCAGAAAAGGUGACCCUUCCUCACCUCAUAUCAGAGAGUAACCAACAAGGCACUUCCCUUAAACCAAACCCCUCAUCUCCUAGAAGUACCUAUGGCCCACACAGCCUUUCUCCCUCAUAUCAGGGGGCAGGUGACUCUGAGUGAUAAUGCCACAGCCAUGGUACUGACAUGAGCCUUUUAAACCUGAAGUUCUCUGUCCCUAGAAUCUACCAGAAAAGAGACCUGGUUGUUAUUGCAUUUUUGAUUAUUAUUGUUUAAUUUUGUUUUCUUCUUUUCAUUACUUUAAUACCACCUCCAUUCCAUACGCUUAUACUGUGAACUGGAAGAGGGUAGAAUUUUUGAAUUUAGUACAGAUUUUUGGCAGCCUUUUUGUUCACCAUUUUAUCCUGGCUCUGUUUGGCAGGCCAAGGAGGUUUCUGGGUGAGAAACCCUCCCCUCUGCUUCGAGGGCCCAUACAGAUACAUCUGGACUUAGCAAAGGAGAGACUUUGCUCCAAAGGAUUGUCACAAGAAGGGGAAGAAGAGACUUGCCAUAGAAAGGGGAGGGGGCUGUUGCAACAGAACACUUGGGCCAACCACCCCAAGUCUGCAGGUACCAAAGCCCAGGCAGAAAACACCUUUUCUAUAUGGAAGAAGUGAACAAGACUAGAAAAUAACUCUUUAGGAGAUCUUUUUAUGCCCAACCACUUGGGAGAGGAGUUGCCUGUCAGCUGAUGCUGAGGGUAGGUCAAAGCUCAGGGUCUAGAGGGGAACAGAGGAAGGAAGGAAGCAUAACAGGAUUUGGCCUGUUGAGUCAAUAUAUACGUCACUCAGUUGGAGAAGGGUGUACAUUUUUUUUUUUUUUUAAUUUGAGAUAGGAUCUCGUGUAUUCCAGUUUGGCCUUUAACUCACUGUGAAGCCAAGGAUGACCUUUGAACUCCUGCCCCUCCUUCCUCCACCUGUUAGGUGCUGAGAUUACAGGUGUAUGCCACCAUGCCUUGGUGUGGUGCUGGGAUCCAACCCAAGGCUUCAUGCAUGUUAGGCAAGCACUCUACCCACUUGAGCUACAUCUGCAGCCCAGGAUGUAAAUCUUUUUAGAAGCUGAAUUAGCUGCCUGCCAACUUUAGAACCCUGAAGCGGAUUUCUGAACUGUAAACCUCAGGGAGACAGCAGCCCUGCUUCCCAGUCUCCUCGGUGGGAGGUUUAGCCUGGGUCCUCCAUGUUGUAGCUGCCUGCUUGUGCUCAGUUCCUUUUAGCCAUGCCGACUUCCACUAAUGGUAAAAGCCCUUUUCUGCCCUGCUCCAAGACACUUGCAGAUUGUAUAGUCUGAGUAAUCUCUGAGAUGCUAUAAUCCCUUCUGCUGGAAGAGCCCUUCGCCACCUUGCAAUGAACUGUUUUCAUAAAGCUCCCCCCCCGCCCCAGAUUUCAGUUAAUUUGCUUCUUUG